GGGAUGGAGCAGCCGGAGGAUGGAGGGAUGCUCGGGGAGGCGAUCAGAUCUGGGGGGACCGGACGGCGCCGGAGCUGAUCAAUCGAUGGAUUAUUAAAGGGGCGCAGCAUGAGAGAUCAAGGACUAUUCACUUCCCUGCCGCAGUAAAAUGGCCUCAUCAGAUCACUCGUUCAUCAUCAUCGCUGCCUUUUUCAUACCGUCAUUCCUGGCCCUCCGCGCCCAGCCCUGCCCCUCAGAGUGCCGCUGCUACAGCAUGGCCGUGGAGUGCGGAUCCAAGGGGCUGAAGUCCAUUCCGGCCAACAUCCACCCGUCCACCCAGACUGUGUUUUUACAGGAUAACGCCAUAUCUCAGAUCCAGCAGCAGGAUUUAUCUCCUCUCCUGGGUCUCCAAUACCUCUAUAUCCAGAACAACAGCAUCUCCACCCUGGAGGCCGGUGCCUUCAGGUCCCAGCAGCACCUGGUGGAACUGGCGCUCAAUGGAAACCGGAUCCAUCUACUCAACAGCAGCAUCUUCAAAGGCCUGGAGCACCUGAGGGUCCUCUACCUGGCAGGGAACCAGAUCACCCGUCUCGUGUCCUACACCUUCUCCAACCUGCAGAGGCUGCAGGAGCUCCAUUUACAGGAAAACAAAAUUGAGAGUCUCCAGGACCAGGCGUUCUCCGGGCUGUCCUCUCUUGCUCUACUCGACCUCAGCAAGAACAACCUGCGUUCGAUAAACCGCGGCGCUCUUAGGCCUCUCAUCAGCCUGCAGGUGCUCCGACUGACAGACAACCCGUGGAGAUGUGAUUGCGCCCUGCACUGGCUCCGGGCCUGGAUGAAGGAAGAAGGGAAACGUCUCCUGACCUCCUUUGAUAGGAAGCUUAUCUGCUCUGAGCCUCCGAGACUGUCCCACCAGAGUCUAUUGGACAUCUCUGCAAACAGCCUUAUCUGCAUCCCCCCAGUGGUCAGCGUAGACCCCAUGGAGACCACCGCUCGCCUUGGGGAUGAACUACGGGUCUCCUGCCGAGCUUCGGGCUAUCCCCAGCCACUGAUAACAUGGAGGAAGGUGGCCCACGCUCGCGCGGGUCUCACAAGAGUUAACGCAAAGUCUACCGGCAGCAGAACCUUUGAACUGACCGAGCGCAGCGUCGGAGAACAGUUGGACUCGGACACCGGGAGCGGGAUGCUCUUUUUAACCAACAUCACCGUGUCUCACGGGGGAAAGUACGAGUGCGUGGCUUCCAACCCCGGCGGCACGGCUAAAGUGUUAUUCCACCUGACUGUCAACCUGUCCAACCAGCAGUCUCGAUCGUACACCUCGGUGGACAUCAGCCACGAGCCGCUUUACGACAUGGAGAGCAUGGAGUUCAACUCCCUCAGCAUGGCCACUCAGACAGCCAUCGCCAUUGGGAUAUCGCUUCUGGCUCUGACGGCUCUGCUGCUCAUCGUGAUGAUCUACAGAAAGCACCACAAGCGAAAAAAGGCCAAAAAGGAGGAGAACAUCUUGUACGUCAAUGACUACUCAGACGGGCCCACCACCUUCGCCCAACUGGAAGAGUACAGGGAUGAGCGCGGGCACGAGAUGUUCGUGAUAGACAGGAACAAGGCCCAUUUCCCGACCUACAAGGACGCCGAUGGGACGAGCAGCUUCGCCGGCCUCCCGGACCUGGCCGAGCAGCUGACGGAGCAAGGGACGCAGACGCUGGUGGACGAGGCCGAGCGUCCAAUGAAUGACCUCUUCCUAAACCAGGGCUUUCUGUUCCAGCAGCAAAUUGCUUACGAAAUACAUUGUUAAAGGGCAAAAUAUAAAGAGGACGAGAGCUCAUGGCCAUCGUGUGUUGAGGACGAGGAGGGGGGGAUACAAAAAAAAAAUCCCUCCACAAAGCUGCACAUUUUAAUACCGUCUCCAUUUUCUAAGGUCGUACGUGUAAGGCGGUUGUUUCAUAGUUUAAUUUUCUGCCCUCUAGUGAUUUUUUUUUUUUAAUCCCUCAUUGUGAAGUGUCCUUGCAGUCUGACACGUAUAAGUGGCAGCUGGUAGGGAAGAGGUUUCCGCAGAUAGACGUAGGAGAUCUGACAGGCAGAAGCCCCCGACAUUCAGAUACAUGUCAAGCAAAUCUUCCUCCCGCUGGCCCAGAUGUCACCGGGAGAGCUUUCAGAUUGCUGUCUUGACACGAAGAGACGCCAGACAACGUGCUGGAUGGCGGCGAGCGAAGGGGCCGCGCCGAGCUCUGUGACAGCAAUCUUCCAAUGUCAUAUAGUUACUUCAGCUGCGAUGUGAGCGGCAACGACCGCUGAGUGAUGGAAGACAUUCACUGCUUCUAAUACAUCGGGAAAUAACACAUUCCAUCCCUGCCGUCUUCAAAACGGGGGUUUUUUUUUUUUUUUUCUAUCAGACAAGCUGUUCCGCAGCGUACUUGGGAAGCAGAACCGGCAAGUGGAAAAGUACUAA